AUGAUCGAACUGUAUCCUGCGAACUGCUCGAAAUUCCCAUUAAGUCUCUUCUAUAGACCACCAAAUUCUGAAGAAGAUAUACUAAUCGAGUUGAGAGACUCUCUUGAUCGUUUAGAUGAACCAUGUCAACUUGUUCUGGUCGGUGAUUUUAACCUACCCAAUAUUGACUGGUCAUUGCACUUUCCUUCUCCCACAUCUAAAGGCAGUUUCAAGGAGGAACUUUUUUGCGAGAUUAUUACAGAUCAAUUCCUCUACCAAAAAGCUGUCGGUCCGACACACCUGCAUGGUAAUAAAUUGGACUGUGUAUUCUCGAAUUCUCCGAAGCUCAUCACGAACGUGAACUGCACAAAUCCAACUGAUCUAUUUCCAACUGAUCAUUACCUUAUCGAGUUCGAUAUCAAA